AUGGCAGGCCGCUCGGGGACGGAGAAUAGGGGCACCGUGAUUCUGUUGAAUGGUGUACAAUCACAAUCCGCAUCAUGGCAUUCCAUAUUGCAACCGUUGCAUACCACCAUGCAUCAAACGCCCGAAGCACCAGACAUCGACGCCCCUGACGGCGGCAGACUCAAGCUCAGCACUCAAGACACCAUCGCAGGAGGGAUAUCCUCAACAAAGAGCGCAGCGCGACCUCCUCGCAGCAGAAGCCUCCCAUCAAUCGUCUCGCCGGACCCGCCUGAGAACGCUUAA